AUGGCCGCGCUGCGUGCGUUGCCAGCGCUCGCACGUCGUUCCUGGAUUUGAGGGACUGGGAGGAAGUUGGGGGCGGGGAGGGGGGCAGACGAGGCGGCGACGAGCCCCGUCCACCUCCUCCUCCUCCUCGCGGCAGUGCGGCUUCCAGCGGGGCGGGGAAGGUGCGCGUUCAAAACCGAGGCGCAGAGAAAGAGGUGUGUUCGUGGCGUCUGUAGGAGGAACGAGCCUGGCUGAGGGGAAACUCGGAGGGGGAGAGAGGCAGGGGGAGGUCGUGUGGGAAACUGGUAAAAGUAGUAGCCGAAGGCGGCCUGUGGAGCUCAAGGCGGGGGGGGGGAGAAGGGGGCAGCGGCUCAGGAAAGCAAAACAAGGGGAGUUGGGUCAGUCAGCUCGUCAGAAUUCGGCCCAGUGAACCUGUUAAGGUCCACGUCCAGACUGAGUGAGAGAGAUUUGCCAGAGUAUAAAUACCUUCCCCUCGCCACCGCCUGUCCUGAUCAUUAAUCCUGAAUACGUGGGAGCAACGUUAGCCCAGCAGCCCUAACCCAGUUUACCUGGGAGCAAGACCCAUUGAAUUCAAUAGGAGUAAAAUAUGGGGGGGAAGGGGGCGGUGCCAGGAACUCUUUGCAUGUUUAGAGGCGUGGAUUUUAACAAUUUCGCAGGCCUGGUUUUGAAAAUAGAUUUUGGGCCAGGGUGAGGCAUCCUUGGUGAUCACGUUUUAAUUUAAAUCCCAAAACAGCAUGCGGCCUUUGCUACAGUUGCUUGGGGGGAGUUUUCCUAAUGGGCCACCAUAACUACCUGAAUUUCUCCCUCCUACCUAUGUUUUAAAGGCGAUCAUAAUCAGGGAUCAUUUGUGUGUGUGUGUGUGUCUAUACACACCCACACCCACACCCACACAAAUUAUAUACAUAUAUACACAUACGAUCUAUCUACACACACACAUUUAUACAUAUACACAUAUACACACACACGUAACUGUGUGUGUGUGUAUAUAUAUAUAUAUAUAUAUAUAUGUGUGUGUGUGUGUGUGUGUACAUACCUCUAUAUAUGUGUGUAUAUAUGGCCUUACACACUUCUGGUAAAUUUUAAAUGAUUUGGCGUGUUUCACAGUUUAUUUUGUGUAAAUGUGAUGCAGCGAGGGGAGGAAAGUUGUGUAAGGAAGGAUUCUGGUUGUGGUGAAGUAUGCACUACAUAGGCACCCCCACCCCCAUAUCUCAUACAUUUUAUGUGCUCUAGACCCAAAUCUGGUUACUUAAGCAUGAGGGCAACUUUUGAUUUUUCUGGUCUUGGUACUGAUUCAAAAGGAAGAGCGUAUUUUGGAUUAGCUGCUGUCAAGUAUGAAACAUUAGUUAAGGGACCUUAAAAGUGUGUGUCGUUACUGGCUGAAACAAGUCACUGAUUUUUAUGGGGGUGUUUAGUGGUGGAGGAACCAGGAGUAGUCAUCCUGUUUGGGCUUUCUGCCUUGGUUAGUGAGAAAAAAACAUUGCCCUAUUCUUCCCAGUGAACUGCCUAGGCCCAAAGCAACCCCACCAUUUUGCUUCUUUGUCACCCUGUGUGAUUUUAAGAUAGCAUCUUAUUAAUUUUCAGUCUAUAACUAUAGUAUCUGUCAUGUGUUUGAGAACAAGUACAGGCAUUUGGUGUCCACUCUGGAAUUAGACAUGUUAUAAUAGCUUAAAUAUAUCAUUUUCUUCUGCUUCUGGCAUUGUUCCUUUGGGUUAGUAAUUUACCCACUUCAAAGCUUACAUGUUUUUUCAGUAAUUGCCCAGAUCUAUUUUUGCUGAAAUUGUGGCUUGUCAGUGAUUUAAAUACUCAAAUAAUGUUUUCUUCAGCAUCCCAAACUAUUUCUGACCUCACAAGGAAUGUUCCCUGAUGAUGAAGUAAAUGUUGAAAGUGUUGCAACUUGAAGAUAAAAAUGUGUUAAAACUAUCCGCUGCUCCUCAGCUGUAUAGUUGCUUUAGUUUACAGCCUCCAUGCCUACAUUUUGUAAAUACAUUUUCGGGAUAAGCUAUAUAUGGUUAGGAAGCCCUCGGUUUAGGGUAGCAGCCUUGAUGAUGAUCCAUUGAUUCCUGAGUCCAGUAACAAGUGUGCAAUCAUAAAUACCAUAUAAGGUUUAGUGUGUCAUAAUUCAUGCAAUGCAAUUCUAUACAUGUUUGUUAAGAAAGAAGCAAGCUCUGUUGGGUUCAGUAGGACUUAGUAAGAAGUGAGAUUAUAUAGGACUGUAGCCUAUCAGGAAGGAAAAAUCUCUUCUUUUGUUUGUUUGUUAUUUAAUUAAUUUUAUUUAUAUUCCGCCCUUUCCCCAAACCGGGACUCAAGACAGCUUACAAAAAUUCAAACAACAUGGAUAAAAUAAAAAAGCUAAAAAUAUAUAAAUGACAAUGCUUAAGAAGUAGUUAAAGUAUUAUAGAAUUAAAACUAUAUACUGUAAAAGCAAAUCUAUGGACAUACAGAUAGUAAAAACAGCACAGCCCUUUUAAAAUGUGUUUUGGGGGGUUAUUGGGUUGUUUUUAUUUUUAUUAUGUAUUUUGUGAUUUUUUAUUUUGAUUUUAUUCUGUGAACCGUCCUGAGACCUCUGGGUAUAGGGCGGUAUAUAAAUUCAACGAACGAAUGAAUUCUCUUUCCUUAAAAACAGCCAGUUCCCCCAAUCCUGUCAGAAUUAAGCAGCCUUCAUCUGCCAGUGGAAGGACAGCAAAGAGGGAGCCCGUAUAGCUUCUUUAAGAAGGAAGUUCCAAAGUUGGGAACAGCUACCAAGAAGGCCUUUUUCUCCCAUCUUCCCACCAAAUGUGCCUGUGAAGGUGGUGGGAGAAGGGCCUCUACUGAACAUCUCAGAGCUUGGGCAGGUCCUUCAGAUAGCCUGGGCCUAAGCUGUAUUUUUUUUACAUAGGAAAGAACUCUUUUUGUUAGAUGGAUUACGAUGAUUUAGUUUAAGUUUAUAUUUCUGAGUAGUACAAGUAAUUAUUAUAAAAUACCUGUUUUCAUUUUUGGGGGGUAAAGGUUAAUGUUUGUGUAACAUUAACCCCUCUCCUCAUGUCUAAGAAAAUAAUUACUAGCCUUGAAGCAUCCAUGAUUGAUAUUGUGUUCUUUUCUAGCAUAUGAAUAAGUUUUGGUAGCUUUAUCGGAAUAAAUCUGCAUAGACUUGUUUUUAAAAUUACCUUAACUUAUAAAAGUUAAAAAUGUUAAUUUCUUGGACACCAUCUAGGAAGAUUUUCUUUCUUUUCAUUCCUGCUGGCAAUAAGACCACUCGUUUCUAUUGUGGAAACACAAAUAAUUGCUCUGAUCCUAUUAGUUAGUGACUGACUGACAGCUCUAUUCUAUACAUGUCUACUCAGAGGUAAGCCCCAUUUAUUUGGCUUACUCUCAGGUAAGUGUGUUUAUGAUUACAGCCUUUUGAGUGGCAUGUGUAGGCUAUUAUGAUACGAUGUGGUGCUUUCUGUCCAGCUUGCAGAGAAACCCCCAUGUCAGAAACCCUGUUCCACAAUUUGCAUUGACAGGUAUUCUAGAUUCUCUUGGCCAUUAUGCCAAGAAAUUGAAGUACCAUUAAAAAUACUUUGAGGCAAGUGAAUUAAUUUGAGUUGUCUUACACCAUAUUUGCAUUAAUGGAAGUCUUGAAUUUCAAUAACAUUUCUCUGAUACUUGCACAAAGUUCAUAAUAAAAUUAAUAUUGAAAUUCUUGCAAAAUAUUAUUCAUUUCUUAGACAUCUCAUUGUAGAUCUGCAGUUACUAAUCCUAGUCACCUAACUGAUUGGUAACGUGCUUUUAAUUUUAAGAUUUGCUUAUAAUUUAUGGAGUAGAAUUGUAUAGUACUUCUCUGGCUAUGUGGUAUUGUAGGGUGUGGGUUUUCUAAUGACUUCAGAUUUGCAAAACAGAAUAUGCAAUCUGAAGCAUAACGUGAAACACAUGUAUGUUAAGUUAGAAUGUGAUGGAAAAUAUGGAAACUAUAGGCCGUUUAUGUUUUGUCAUGUAAUUGUGUGGGUGACUAGAAUGCUGUUUGAAAUAUCUUUAUACUUCUUGGAUUACACUGCUGGUGUAUUUUUAAUUAAACACAAAUGCUUUAAUUCUAGCUGUGAAUUCCAUUACAAGAUUGGUUAUAAGUUACCAAAACGACCUGUCUUCACAAAUAUAGAAAUGGGUGGAAUCAUUUCCAGAUGGCGGGUAAGUAAAUCUUCUCACCUAGAGGUGCACAUUUUUGUAAUGCAAGAACACUGUCUCAAAUGCUGCUUGUAAGUAAUUUGCUGUGAUGCAGAGCAGAGUACAGAACUUGUUUGGCGUGCCUAGGUCAAGAAAUUUGUCUUAGUUUCAUUGCACAUAUGGUACUUUAUCAGUGUACUGGCUCUGUCUUAAGGUACUCCUAUUUCUGUUUGAAUGGUGUGCCUUCAAAACAAAACAUGAGACCGAAAUUUUUACAUUGCAGAAUGACUUCUCACAGGUCUCAAAAUGUGCCCAAAGUAGCUGUCUUUUCCCCGAACGGUGGCAAGAAUGCAAGAUAAAGUUACCUGUACUUGGGCUGCAAUUGCAAAACAUAAUCUGCUGUGCUGGGAAAGGAUAGGGUAGAACAGGAUAGACUUCUCCCUCCACCCAGCCCAAAAUAGCUCCAUCAGCCUCCAGCCAUGGAGUGAUGCUGUUGUCACUCCUCUGACGCAGAGUUCCCGGUUGUGCCUGCCAGUUGGGUUCCCACUGGCAGUAGCCCAUGGAAAGUACCAAAACGAGGUGUUCCAGGGGAGAGGGUGGGGCUGAGCUGGUUUGGGAUCUGCUGGACCCUGGGUGUCCCCAUUGUCACCACCCAAUAGCAUCAGGCCUGAUUGUUAUGCCAGCUUCGAGCGGGCCUAGUGUGGAGCAGGGGUUUAUUCCCCCCACCCUCCAACUUCCACCCUGGCCAGCUUAGUGGCACUGCUGCUAUACUCCUGUCAUACCACUGCCUGAAAAGAGAUAGGAUUGCACUCUCUGUAAGUUAAAGUCAGUGGGCUUAAGUAUAUUUUUUGUUUUGUUGGGAUUGUAUUUAGUUCUAUUUGGAGGAGAUGCCUUGGGCAGAAGAUCUGGAAGAGUAUGCCAUCAACAGUCAAGCACUAAUUAUGUAGCUGUUCAUUGUCUAUAAAAAAAAGUAUUUGUUGGCAUGAAAUCUGCUGAGUGUUCGUAUGCCAGUUUUGUGACCUCUGAAAAAUAGCCUGUGGAGCAGCACGGCCUUUCUGUUAAUGAGAAGCCCACCUUUAUUUGUUUUGGAUCACAUUUAACUGUUUUUGGACCAUGAACAAAAAAUAGUACUUGCUUAGUAUUCAGAAUAUAUAUUAUCAGUCAGCUUUAUAAAAACCCUGUAAAGUAGGCCAUUAUCAUCACCCUUGUGUUACAGAUCAGAGAGGGGGAAGGGGAGCUCUGGCUGCGAGGACAGUAGCUCGGAUUAGAGUUGUUAAAUCCCAAUCCUGCUAAAAUUAGUCAAGGUGAUGGCCUGUUGAGAGCACCUGAAUGAAUUCCCUUGGUGUUCACUUGAAUUGUCAAUAAGAUUGCACUGAACCGGCAUAGGUAAACCCUUAAAUAUCAUUGGAAAGUAGCCUAUUUCUCAGUUCAAGAAAGGAAAGGCUUGCCUCCAUCAUGAGCUGAGCAUGUUCCAGCUUAUUGGCCCCACUACCUCUGCUUUGGUCAUCAGUGCAUACUUCAAUAGAAGGUGGAGAUCCACGCUGGUUGGCAGUGGCUCUCUAGGAUUUUAGACAGGGGACAUUGCCAGUCCUACCUGGAAAUGCCAGGGAUUGAACCUGGGACCUUUUGCAUGCAAAGCAGAUGCUCUGUCACUGAGCUACGGUCCAUAGCAUGCGGCUAUGUUAUGGCUGUUCCUUGUGCCACACACUUUGAGAGCCUCUCUGGGCUAUGAGCAUUCUUUAUAAACAAAUAAGUAAGUUUUCUUUGGCACUGAGAUUGAAAAUGUAAUUAAGUGAAAGCUAUGUCUACCUUGGUUAAGAUACUUGUGGCUUACAGAUGCUGCCUUGAGCACUGAAAUAUAUAAAUAAUAUAUGACAAUUCUUCCUAUGCUUGGACAUAAGGCAACAGCCUUCUUCUUAGUCAUAUAGAGAACAUAGUGCUGUUGGUUUGCAGGUGUAUUUUGUAUAUGUGGCGUAUGUUUACCUAAGUGAGCAAAUUUCAUACUUCACUUACUCUAGAAAAGACUCAUUGACUUAAAUAAGGAAUGAGGCUCCUUCAUGCAUGAAGGAAAAAGUAUUUUUACUAAGGUACCAAGAAGAUGUUAACACUGUUGUAUGUGAGAAUUUGUACAUGGAUUGAUAUGUGUCCAUAUUUGCCAUAUUUGCUUCCCUCCUCUUCCCUGAAGCAGCUCAGCUCUAUAGACUCAUAACUAUACACAUAGUUGGUUCUUGUUCUGAACACUGCAGAUAAUACUGACAUACUGUAGGGCAUCUGGGAAACUUCAGUUGCUGAGCUGAGAUUUGAACCCAAGUCUACCUAGCCCAGGAGGGACGCGGGUGGCGCUGUGGUUUAAACCACAGAGCCUAGGGCUUGCCGAUCAGAAGGUCCCUGCUCCUGCCAACCUAGCAGUUUGAAAGCGCGUCAAAGUGCAAGUAGAUAAAUAGGUACUGCUCCGGCAGGAAGGUAAACGGCAUUUCCGUGUGCUGCUCUGGUUCGCCAGAAGCAGCUUAGUCAUGCUGGCCACAUGACCCGGAAGCUGUAUGCCGGUUCCCUUGGCCAAUAAAGCAAGAUGAGCGCCGUGACCCCAGAGUCAUUCAUGACUGGACCUAAUGGUCAGGGGUCCCUUUACCUUUACUCCCUAGCCCAGAGCGCUGCCACUCUAUAGCACUGGCUAUCACGUUGGAGAAAGAAUCUUCAAUUACUGCAGUCAUUGUGUUUUUGCCCUGUUGAUUACACAAGAAAUUUAUCUUACCAAAAAUUACCCUCAGCACUGUUUAUUGUAGGAAUGUCAAGAAACUUACCACUGAACAAUCAUGCUGCCAAUGUCCCUUCCUCAUUUGUUAGCGUGUUAAGGCAUAGGAUCCAAUCACUUUCGUAUGCUUGUGUGCAAGAUCAUGAUGCAGUUUAGCAGAACUUUAAACAUUUUCCGAACACUACAAGUUACCUGUUCCUCAAUCUAGUUUAUCUCCUUUUAACUAUCACUGAGAGAGAACGGGAGACUAGAGUGCAUGUGUGUACACAGGUAUGCAUACCUAUAGUUGCCUAGGGUCCAUGUUUCUGCAUAGAUGUCCCUGCCCAUGAGAUAUUUUGCUGUAGAAGCAGGUGAAACCGUUUCCCCUGAUUUCCCCCUGUAGAUCCCUGUUCCCCUGAAAAGCUGCUUCAGAGGGUCAGAGGAGCGGCCAAGGGGAAGGAGGAACUGGUGCAAGUUACGCCUCCAGCCCAUUCCUCCUGGAGUGUCCCUAGUAUCUUAGCUCUUUCUGCCAAUGCAAAUCUGUCUCCAACCAUAGUCUCAUGUUCUCUAUUUUUUGCUUUUUUGUAGAUUAAGAUCAGGCAGGUACAGUCUAUCUUCAAAUAGUCCAUUGUGUUCUUCUCAAGUUUAUUUUCACCUUCCUGUAUUGAGCCAAAAACCACAUUUUUUUUUUUUAAAGACCUAAGGACAUUCAAACAAUUUCAAGGAAGGUUCACCAGGUUCCUCCUUUCAGUUGCUUAUUUGCAGCAUGGUGGUGUGUUUGCUGAAUUUGAAUAAGCAGGGAUGAGAGAACAAACUUUGAAAAAUAUAUGUGCCAUGGUUUUAUUAUAUAAAGGCUACUUUCAAAUAUGAGAAUCAAUUAAAAAUUUCCCUGUGCUUAUUUAUUUUCUUUCCCCCUUUCUUCAUCUGUUCAUACAUUUUCAGUUUCACAACUUUCUUCACUUCCUGGUGAACUUUCACAUAUUCUUAAAUGAUCUACUGCAUUUGUGCACCACAUCUUUGAUCCAUAAGACCAAUGCUGUUCUAUGUGUGUAUGGUAUAGAAUGUGCUACUCUUGAAAUUCCUCCACUACUCUGUAAAUGUUGAUGAUGGUCUUCAUAUUGCGCUUCUUUCCUCAUAUAAUCUGAGGGAGCGAUAUUUGAUUAUUGGAAAAAUUGUGAGGCUUUUGUUUUAAAUUUUUCUCUAAGUAUGUUGUUGUUUGUCACUUGUGGCAUAUAUUAUGUUUGCAUGAUGGGACUGAGGAACUUAGGAUGGUAAUAUUCAAAAUGAGGUUUGAAGAUAUGUAGUGCAGUACUCUAUGUAGUGCUAAUCAUUACAUUUUCCUACAUAUCUUAUAUUAAGUUGUUGGCUAUAUGUUUAUUAUUACUUAGAUAUUGAGGGCAAAUUUUCACAGCUUUUUUUCUUUCCCUUGUAAGCAGACAAAGUCUUCCACAAUAGAAGUAUUGGAAAAAAUAGAUAAGGUAUGUUUGAUUUCUUAUUGCUUGCCUUAAUGUUAAGAAUCUUAGAUUUAGCUCUUAUUUCAAGUGUCAGCAGUUGCCUUUUAUGGUUGGAAUUGGACACUGUCGAUACAUUAAGGCUGGUUCUAUGAAGGAAUGGCAAAUAGAUCACAAAUUUUAAUAUACUUGAUAUCAGCUGUACCUUCUCAGAUAAUCGGUUGUUAGGGGUCUAAAAAUCUGUUCAGAAAGACCUGUUUUGGUUGUUGCAUUAAACAUGCAGUUCAUUUUAAACUAUGGUUUAAUGUGAAUGAGCAACAAACUGAGACAUGCUGCUGCUUAAGCCAUUGUUUAAAAAUUAGCUAUUGUCUAAAGUGACGUGCAAACUGGGCCGAUGUUUACAGCAUACAUUAUGUGGGUGCAUAUCAUUGUAGACACUGACCAUGAUUCAAAUAAGGGGAAAAGAGUGUGCAGGGAAACAGCAAACCAACUGCUGUUUUGGAUGCUGUCCCUGCCACCCUUGUUCCAAAUGCCAACAAUUUAAGACAGGCAUAGGCAAACUAGCUAACAGGACCAGUGGUCAGGGAUGAUGGGAGUUGUAGUCCCAAAACAUCUUGAGGGCCAAGUUUGCCUAUGUCUGAUUUAAGACCAUGCCUGCCCACCCACAUAGUAAUUGUUAGCACAGUCAGUGCUUAGAAGAACAGUCAACUCUCCUUUUAAUUUACAAAUGCUUACAUGAUCGUUGGUUACUCCAAGUAACUGGCUAUUCACAAGCCUUAUAUGACAGCCAAUGAUACUUCCUAGGACUGCAGUUCCAUCAAAAUCGAUGGAAACGGCUUCAAAGUAAAAAUGGUUAGGAUCAGGAUGUUACAUGGGGGCAGGGAAUAUUGGCCAUCUGAUGUACUGAGUCCACAGCGAUUCUGGAAAAUAACCUCACAUGAAAGCUAAAACUUCACACUUUCCUUGUUUCUAUCAUUGUCCCGGGCAUAUUGUGUUAUCCAGGUCAGGGGAUUUUUAAAUUCAGCUUAAUAGUACUUAUUUUAGAAAUACGAAAAAAUAUAGUGAAAACCUUGGGUUGAUAAGGCCAGCAUAAUUUCAUUCAUCUUCCUCCCAAUCACAGGAUUCCCUAUGCUUCUCCCUGCUUCCCCAUGCGCAGUGUGCAGAAGAUUGCCCUUGUGCGAGGGCUGUGCAUGUGUGUUGCUGCACACCACUCACAGAUCACAUCAUGCCUUAGGUUAAAUAAACCAAGGAUGUUAAGUAUAUUCAUUACAGUACCUGACUUCAUUCUUCUGUCUCAAGAUAAAAUGGCUGGAAUGUACAAUCUUGGCACAUGAGGUUAAAUGCUCAAAAGAUUUGUUUUUAAUUUACAGGAUAUCCAGGCACUAGAAGAGUUUAGAGAGAAAAACCAGAGGCAGCAGAAGCUAUGGGUUGGAAGGUUUAUCCUCUAUUCAUCUGUUCUCUACCUUAUUAGCUGUCUAAUUAUCUACUUGUGGUAUCUGCCUGAUGAGUGGACAGCAAGGUUCGUCAUGACUCUUCCACUGUUUGCAUUUCCGCUGAUGUAAGUAAAACAUGACUUCUUUGCAAGCUCCUUUUUUCUAGUGGUGAUGCUUAGUGAGUUGUAGUACAGGGUGUAUAUAUUUCACAGUUCUAGGGUUGUCAUAAUUUACAGGCGGUUUUUGAAAAGGUUAAUGUAGCAGAAUAUCUCUACAUAAGAAGAGACCUGUGGAUCAGACCAAAGCCUUGCUAGCACAGCAUCUUGUCUUCCAUGUUGUCUCACCAGAUGCCUUUGGGAAGCCCACAAGCAGGACAUGAGGGCAAUAGCACUCUUCUGUUUGGGUACCCCAGAAAUUGGUAUGCAGAAUUAUGUUGCCAUUUUCUAAGGUCCUCUAUGAAUUUGUCUAAUCUUCUUUUAAAGCCAUCAGAGUUGAUGGCUGUCAUUGAAAUCUAAACUGGUGGGCAUAUUUCUGAAAGAGCAGAUUUCUGAAGUGUAAGGUAAUUAUUUUGAUUUCUGAAUAGCUUUUAAGUUAACCCAUUUUAAGCGGCAACAUCAUUGCACAUAAAAGUUAACUGAAACACAUAAUGAGGGCAGUUCGGAAUAUUGGACUGAUGGACUUCGAGAAGAUACAGCUGGUGUGGGCAGAAAAUAUAGGCACUGAGGCAACCCUUUACAGAGUUUUGUCAAUUUUGGCUUCCCUACCCUUCCCCCUUCAGACUUCCCUACUUAAAUGAAAUUAGGUUAAGAGUUGGAUCCUGUUCUAGAGAGAAGGGGAAAAGUUACUCUGAGAAACUGGCCACUACAAUUUACUUCCUCAAUUACAAUUUACUUCCUCAAUGCAGUCUAUUGUUUAAAAAUUAAUAAUUCACUAUUCUAAGUUAUUUGACAACUUUAUUUUAUAUGAGCUAUUUUCUUGUUUGUUAGAUGCCAGACCCAGGUCAUUUUUGUUUGAGGAUGUGGCAAAUGCAAAUCUGUAUUGCUAUUUGAAAAGUCCAGCAUCCAUGAACAGCAAGUGAUUAGUUAGCAAAAUCUACUCAGACCGACCCAGUUGGAUAAUCUGAUCAUAGGGACACUCCUUUGGGUUUUUAAUGCAUAGGAAUCUAAUGCUUAUGUAACACAAUUGGUUGCUUUUUGAGUCUGUUGUUACUAGUGAAACUAUUUAGUGGGAAAUUUAUAUUUCAAGUGUACCCAUAUUUUUACUUACCCUGCCUGGUCCAAGCCAAAUUUAUUUACAUUUAAUAUUAGAGGACCUUUAUAAUGGUUGCCUCUGGGUAUGAAAUAUUCUCCCCAAGGAAGCUAACCUGGUGCCCUCAUAAGUUGUCUUUUCCUCGCCAGGUUAAGUUUUUUCUGUUCUCUUAGUAGGCCUUUUAAGAACUUGUUUUUAAGUCCCUGUGCUAUGCUUGGAAAUUUAGUGUGCAUUUGAAGAUUGUUUUAGUUUUCUGCUGUUUUUGGUGUAUUGCUGUGCUGGUUUUGUAUUUGUCUUUUAUACUGGUUGUCUCUUGUAGUACGGUUUUAUUAUUUUCAAUUUUUGUAUGUUUCCUUGAGAAUUUAUUGCAAAGCACCUUAUGAUGCAAUAAUUUUGCACACUUUUGUUAGCAAUCUGUUUUGAGACAGACCUUUCAGAACUUACUGUUAAUGGCGGCAUAUAGGGAGCAAGUGUCCCCUGAACACUUUCAUGUUGAUAAUUAAUGCGAAGGGUGUGUUGUCACUGUUCAAGACACUGGUGUCUGCUGUUUGCUGAGUCUUUUGCUGGAUCUUUCAGUGCAUUUCAGUGUUCAGGUAUGUUUGGAGAUAUGUGGCCCAGAACUUAAAUUUCGACUUGUAUGACUUGCAAAAAAUGCAGUCGAACUCUUCGUCUGCCCCCAGAAUAGUUUAGUUUUCCUCUUCGCAGGAAAUGAAUGAUUGGUAAGGAGUUGCCAACUUGUCUUUGUUUGUGGUCAAGUUGUGGAGCUGCACUGUACAUCUGGUGUGAUCCCCAGCACUAGUUCUAGAUGUUUUUCAUCCUUAAGCAAGUAAAUUAAGCCUGCCUUUUCCAGUUGGCAGUUGUUCCCUGUUCAGCAACAGUUGUUGCUGUUUUGGCUUACUCUCGAGGGUCUGAUUGUGUUACUAGUGCUGGCAAAAUGAGCUGGCUUCCAGGAAUAUGUAGUUUGCCUAACUAGAUGCCUGCAUUUCAAUUCCUGUUUGAAAAGUUGAGAAAAUAACAACAUGGUUUUACUUCUUUAAAUCUAAACCAUUGUACAAAUUCAUUAUGCAAGGAUUUUCUUGAAUAAAUUUUUGAAAAUAAACCUUCAUUUUUGACUCUGCAUACUAAAAUAGUAAUCGAAACAUUAAUACUUCUCUGAUCUGCUGAUCUCUUGGAAAAAAGAAGUGAUUGCUAAAAACAUUUAUGCUUCUCAACUUACACCUAAAUAGUCCUUUCCUUGAUCAUGCAUCUUGUGCAAAAGGUGUUUUGCAAUUCAUAGAAGGAAAUUGCUUGUAAAACACUUGAUCUAGUGUGACUUUCAAAAACGCCUCAUUGUAUUGGUCAGCCUGUAUUGUGUCGGGGCCAAGCCAAAGGACUGUUUUGGCAUGACAAAGUAUAUUGAGGCUGCUGGUUUUUCCAUGAUAAAAUGGCUGUCGUGGUCAAACUGAUAAUAGUGUAGGUAUGGGCUGAGUUCUACUCAUAAUGAAGUUGUUUGCUGUACAAUGAACAGAGCUUGCAGUUCAGAACAAUUUGAGCAUAAGGCCUGCUGAGACCCUUUGCCUGUCUUUCACACAGUAGUUUUGUAGUACAGUGGUACCUCAGGUUACAUAUGCUUCAGGUUACAUACGCUUCAGGUUACAGACUCUGCUAACCCAGAAAUAGUGCUUCAGGUUAAGAACUUUGCUUCAGGAUAAGAACAGAAAUUGUGCUCCGGCGGCGUGGUAGCAGCAGGAGGCCCCAUUAGCUAAAGUGGUGCUUCAGGUUAAGAACAGUUUCAGGUUAAGUACGGACCUCUGGAACGAAUUAAGUACUUAACCCGACAUACCACUGUACUUCAGUAAGGGGAGGGGGUAAAAGCCAGGAGUUCAAGUGCUUAGGUCUUUGUGUUGUCUAACAACUAGGGAGUUGCUUAAGCAGGAUCAUUCCCCCCCUCCCCCGCCCCGGACUUAGAAGGUUACAACUGCUGCUCUGUUCAGCAUUGAUCAGGUCUCCUAUGGAGUACUGUGUUCAGUGUUCAGAGUGGUUUUGACAAUUGGGAAAGGAGAUCUAUGAAUGCAGUAAAGAAUUGAGAUAAUGUAAGAGAAUAGGUUGUUUGAUCCUGAUGCUGGGUAAGCAGGACAGGUUAGGGUUUCUGCUGGUUUACCACCCACCUCACUGCCCAGCAGUUCUCCUCUCUAAGGAUUCUCAGACUGCUGGUUUUGGGGGGACUUCAACAUUCAUGCCAAUGCGGUUGGCUUUGGGAUGGCUCAGGACUUUAUGGCGGCCAUGACAGCCAUGGGGAUGUCUCAACAUGUCAUUGGCCUAAUGCAUGUGACAGGCCACACUCUGGACCUUGUUUUCACAACUGGGAAGGAAUUAUGGUUUUCUGAAAGUGAUCUGAAAGUCUAGACAGUAUAAAUGUCCAAGUUGGGGCAUGGGCUUGUUUGGAUCACUGUUAUCAUUCACAUACUUACUUUGCACUCAAGGGAUUCUGUUUUGCAAUCUAAACGCUCUUUCUUUUAAACACUUUUAAAACAAUCCAUGUAAGGAACUCAUUCUGCUAAUAUUAAAUGAGGUUUCUGUGAAGCAAGCUGAUUUGUCCCUAGUUGCUUUUUGAGACUAGCAUUAAUUGUGAAGUUUUAGAUUAAGUUAUGUUAAAGUCUGCUGAGGAAGUUAAUUCCAUCCAUAGUGAAGAAUAGCACAUUCAGUUUCCUUUUGCCUAGAUUUUAAUAGUGGAAAUUCUUUCUUUCCCCACAGAAUUUGGUUCAUAAGAACACUCCUCAUUUUCUUCUUUUCUAAAAGAACAGAAAGAAACAGUAAGUGUAUUUUUCCUUAUCCACCUCCCACCCCCAAAUUGUGUUAGCCUAAGCCAUGGGACUGUAUAGAUACAAUUACAUAACCUUUAGUUGUCUCGUGUUAAAAUACCUUGUGGAUGGUUUUGUAGGUGAGAUUUAUGAGUGAGUUUCUUUUAAGACUUCAGGAAAUCUACUCAACCUUAUAGUCAGCUAUAAAAUGGAAAAUGAAUAUAAAAUGUUUUGAAGAUGAAUGGAUUAAUUGUUAGGUACUUAAAUGUGUCUGAAAGCUGAAUAGCAAAGGAUAUUUAAAUACACUUAUCUUGCUAUAUUAAUAGAAAGUAAUUAUGACUAAUUUAUCUUUUGGUAAAUUCACAGUAUUUUAGAUACUCGUGUAUUGUACCCAAUAUAUAUCAAAGUAUCACUGGAAUUAAGGAAGUAUGUGUUUGUUCUGAGUUAUGAAGCAGCCAGUGUGGUCUGGUGUUUAUUAGAACGUUGGACUGGAGUACUGGAGAAAUAUAUGCUCAGACACUAUUUCUGAGUCUAACCUAUCUCAGGAUUGUUGUGAAGCUAAAAUGGUGAGAGGAAUGGGAACCAACUUCAUUUUGGAAGGAAGUUGAGAUGUCUAAUAAUAACAAGAGCAACAACAAUAUGGAUUCAAUCUGAAGUUGGAUGCAGCCUUAGCAGGACUGUCCUAGGUUAACCUACUGAAGACCCUUUUCUUCCCUUGGUUAUUAAAGAGUGCCUGGUUUUGUUGUCCUCACUUGCAUGGCAAUUGUGCCCGCAGAAAGGGUCUGGUUUAGAAUCCCAUGUGCUACUGUUAAACAUGAUUCAGUUCCCCGAGAACCUGAUAAGAGUCUUAUACUUAAUUUUUGUUGGUCUAUGACUGAUAAAUUCUUUUAAAAGGUGAGUUAGAACUCAGGUGGUGGAAUUGACUCUCAAAGGCUGUAUUGAUGUCAUGACAGCAGUGCAGGUUAAAAAAUUAAUUGCAGCUUCCUCUCUUUAUUUUGCUACUUUUAAGUUCUGCUCGUUAAUGAAUUUUGCCCAAAACCUAGGGUUACCAUGGCACCAAAGAACUUGCUGUUGCUUCUGCAAGGACAGUUGUGAUUGGAGCAAUGGCUUUUCAUUACAGAUGUUGCUUCUUCCUUUCUCAUUUAAAUGUUUUUUUUAAAAAAGGGAAAAUGGCAGAAGAAAUCUUUCCUUAGCUAAGGCAAAUCUACCUGGAGGUAAUGUGGACUGAGCCCAUGGGCUUCCUAGGGAAAUGAGAGGAACCCCAGGUUUGAGAGUUAUUUCUUAUGCAGCCUCUCUCAUGCUAGUGGCUGAAAUCUGUUGUGCUUUUGCCAUAUUCACAGUCACAUAGGCGUAAGCAUUGUUUGCAACAUAAGUGACUGUAAAAGUUACUUGUUCACUUCUGAUAUGCCUUUCUUCCUUGGAUCUUAAAACUGCAACAACCCAGUGAGAGUGAUUUUACCCAAGGCCAGUUAGCAAGCUUCACGGUGAAGAUGCCAACCUGGUUUUUCCAGUUUCAUGUAACAUCCAGUCCCUUUGUUGCAUUAGCUCUCUCUAUUUCCAAACAGCCCAGAACCUCGUUUGAAUGGUUUAUAAUAGCCUUUGCCUGCCUGGUACUCUCCAGAUGUUUUGGACAGUAAGUCCCAUUAGCCACCACCACAUGUAGUCCAGAACAUUUGGAGGAUGCCAAGUUGGCAAAGGCUGCUUUAUAACAAACCUGUUACAUUUCACAGUUUGAUGCCCUUCGCAAGACGUUUCUCUGUUCAUUACUGCAUCUGUACACGUUCCUUUCUGCUUAAACCCUUAAAAGCCUACUGCUCCACAAACUCUGUAGGUGUGCUGGGCCCUUUACAGAAUUAAUACAGCCCCUCACUAGACGGCUUGCAACAGAUAAGUUUUACUGCUACUUUGAUAGUGGCUUCCCACAUUGAGUUUAUUGAGUUUGAAAAUGGAAUAGUGUUAACUUAAUGAAAAAUCCCACAUGCAUUUCCAUCCCCGCCCCCAAAGAGGUUUAGCAAAGUGUUAAAACUGCAUUUUUAUAGUGUUUCUUUUCUUAUAUCUCAGUAGAAUGGCUUUCCGACUAGCAAUAACUUGUUUAGGCAAAAAGAGAUUUUAUUAAUUGUGAAUUUCUGAUAAUGCACACUAAUUCUGGGGGUUACAUUUAACAGUUUAUAUUGAGAAGCUUAUUUUUAUUUUUGUAUUUUAUUUUACGAAAUUUAUAUACAGUACUGCCCUCCAUCAAAUGAUCAUGGCUGUGUGCAGUAUAAAAACACAAAAAUAUAUAACAUUAUAACAGACAAAACAACACACACACCCCAGUCUAAAAGGCCAUAGAUUAAUUUGCUAAAGGCCUGUGAGAAUAGGAAUGUUUUUUCCUUGUAGCUAAAGGUAUGUAAUGAAGGCGCCAGGUGAGUCUACCUGGGAAGAGCAUUCCAUGAAUGGGAAGCCAUCACAGAAAAGCCCGUUCUCAUGUUGACACUCUCUGGGCGUCUCAUGGAGGAAGAAGGGCCUUGGAUGAUGAUUUCAGGAUCUGGGUCAGUUCAUAUGAAGAGAGGUGGUUCUUGAGGUAUUGCAAUCCUGAGCCAUUUAAGGUUUUAUAGAUCAAAACCAGCAGUUUGAAUUGGGCCUGGAAACUAUUUGACAGUCAGUGCAUUAGGGCUAGGAUUGGUGUUAUAUGCUCAAACCAUCCUGCCUUGGUGAGCAGCCUUGCCACUGAAUUCUGCACCAACUGAAAUUUCCAAACCAUCUUCGGAGGUAGCCCCAUGUUUAAUAUGUAUAACUCAUUGCAAUACUCUUACUUAACCUUCAGCCAAAUUCACAUCUUUAUUAAGUGGCAUGCCUUCAUCCACAGCUUCACAUCAAUAUUUUUGCCUUUUUUAUUGAAGUUCUUAUGAUGGGUCAAAACAAUUUUAGUUCUAAUAGCAGCUUGAUUGAUAAAGUGUUACAUUAAAAGGGUUCAUAAUUCACCACAUUCAGUUGCAGUAAAAAUGGUAAACUGCUUGUGAAUGAUGAUGCAUCUUAAAAAACUCUUCCAUUAAUUAACCAAGAGACAGGGGGUUUGCUAAUGUUAUACUCGAAUGCUGGCCAACAUAUUGUAUUCAAAUUCAGAGUAUGAAUGUUUUUAUUUAUUGCAUAUGCAUGCAUAUUUGACAUGUCACCUUGGUAUUAAAUAUUGAUUUAAAUCUUCUUCUUCAGAUGAAGCUUUAGAAGUUCUAAAAGCUGAGAAGAAAAAAAUAGUAAGUGUGUAUAUUUAUAAAGACGGCUUGGCAAAAUCUUACCUGUAAUAUCUCGUCAAAUAAACUGUAUAAUUUAACAGGAUUCGAUUGGGCUGAAUGGAUGAUAUCCAAUUUUGUGUGAGUGCCUCCUCCCCCCUCACAAUGAGAUUUCCUUCAGAUCUCCAGAGCAGAUUUGGGGGGCAUGGAGGCUGGAAGGGGUAGGAUAAGAAGCGGUUGGGUUCUGCUCUGUGAACAGAAGUCAAGUGCACAGAUACCCUACCCAUCCCCUUUGCUGGGUGUGCAAUAGUUGGGCUCAAAAUAUGGCAGAUAGUCACUUUCUGUUUUGCAGUGUUUCUCAUGCAAUUUUACAGAUAACUGUUUUUAAAAGGUAAAAUAAUAUGAACGUGGCUAGGACUGUAUUGUGCAGGUCCUGAACUGAAUACUAACAAAGUAGAAAUGCUUUGUGUUCAAUCAGAAACUUUGCUUUUUGCUACACCACUUUUUUGAUGUAGAAAAGGAGAAAAAUAACAAUAGCGGAAUUGAUUCACACACCCACACAAAGCUGUAUGUAGAAUUAGAGCUAAGAAUACAAGCUAGCCAGCAACCCUAAGUCUUGGGUCCUCUUAAAAAUGGAUCCAGGUAAAGAUUGUCACAGUGGCUUCAAGUAAUGCAGCAAUCACCUCUUUUAUUAUUCAGUCAUAUAUUCAGUUUUAAAAUCACUACAUCCAAUCAGCUAUCCACUACUCGGAAAACUUUUCAGUAUAUGAACAGCAAUGGAAGGGCACCCUGAACUUCAGGUCAGCUACCAGCGAACCUGUAGAUUUUAGUCAAAUCUUUUUGGUUGAACUGUUUGGUCAUCUCAGUCAUAUCCCUAAGCCAUAUCCAACAUUUUAACCUGUUAACAAAUGUUGCUCUUUUAGUGUAUAUCAGGGUUAAGUCAACAUGCCCUCCAAAUGUUGUUUGGCUCCCAACAACGUUAGCCUUUAGCCAUCAUGGGCAACGAUCCGGGAUGAUGGGAGUUGUAGACUAGCAACAUUUGGAGGCACCAUGUUGGCAGCUCUUGCUUCAAACUAUUGGAGGAAGCAAAUUAGUUGGAGUUUGCAAUUCAUUCUACUGGAGGUUUGCGUUAAGAGACUGGAGAGUAGGGCGUGGCCAAGCACUUCUCGCUCCCAGUCCAUUAAUCUUUGUAAGACUUGGACACCAGUAAUAAGCUGUUCCAAUAGCAGAAGUUAUUUUUUAUGUAUUUGCAGAGAAUUUCUAGAGCACUUAAUAAUAGAAAAAAUCCUAAACAGUGCAUGGAUACUUUGACUGUAUUUUUAUUUGGUUGAUCAUUCACAGACUUAUUAAUUCUUACUAGUAGUAGGUGGAAUGCAUGUAGGCUGUUGGAUGCCAGAAUUAAUGUUUAAUCAGGGACUUUAAAAUAAGUUUUAAUCUUGAUUUACAUAGGACUUAGACCCUGCCUUUCUGCAAAUCUGAUGCUGCUUAAAGAUAAUAUGCGCCUAGGUAGAUCAGGGCAGAAAUAUGAAAACGUAUUAGUAAAUGUGAGGUGGUGCUGUCAGCUUCAGGAAGGAAUGCCUGGAGAACACAUAUUUGCACAUCUGCUCACUUGUUAGAGCCAAAUAUGUACAUAUUUGUUAAGGGCACACCACUUAAUAUUAGAGGCUGUAGUUUGUUAAGGGUGCUAAAUGUUAGGAGACCCUUAUUUCCCCCAGAGAGCUACAAUUUUCAGAGUUGUUCAACAGUCAUUCAUUUUCCCCAGGAUGUCUGGGCAUUGUAGCUCUCCGAUGGGAAAAAGGGUCUCAACCACUCUCAGCACCCUUAACAAACUAUAGUUUCUGGGAUUCUUUGGCUGAAGCCAUGACUGUUUAAAGUGGUAUGAUACCACUUUAAAUGUUUAGCAUAUAUGAGUCUUUACUGCAAUAUCACAAAGGCAGAACUAGUAGAAAAGUUAAAAGUAUUUUACCUGUUUGCUUGUGUGAGUUGUGUGUUCACUACUGAAGUUUUCCUAUCUCGGUGUGUUUCAUUCAUUCAUUCAUAAAUACCUACCUACCUACCUACCUACAUACCUUGUGUUUCAAGUCCUCUGGACUGGUGUAAUAGUCCCUUACCAUGGGUGUUACUGUUUUGGAAAUAAUACUUAGCGUUGAGAAGAAGGUAUAUGCAAGGUUGGGAAUACCCUGCACCCAGAGAGACUGGUUGGAGGAGUUCAAGGCCUUGUCAGAGAUACGCUUCUCCACAUGAUGGCUCCCAAAUGGGAGCAGGGUGGCUGAGUGCCACUGUUGGUGCAUUCCAGUAGCUGUUGGAAUACAACUCCCAUCAUUCCUUUCCAUUGACUAUGCUGGCUGGGGCUGAUGGGCAUUUGAGUCCUAAACAGCCAGGUUGGGCAAGGCUGUUGUAACAGAACCUUUCGUGACGUGUCCCUGAGAAAUAAAUUUCGUGGGAACACACAAAACCCUGCUGGGUCAACUUGUUCAGGUGAGAUGCUUCCAUGGCACAUGUCAAAUUGAUUGAGGGAAUCUUAAUGGAAUGAGAUGGGUAGGUAAAUACAGGCUUUCCUUGCAGUUGUGACUUCUGAUUGUGUGGCCUUUAAAAGGGAUUAGAAAAAAGCAGCUAGUUUAGUCUUCGAUAAAGGGUUUUGAAAGGGCAAAAAUGUUUUGUGGAAAUGUUCUCCGUAACUUAUAAGAAUAAGAACCUAUGUAAAAAGGUCAAGGGAAAUACGGUUUGUGAGCCAAUGAAUUUUCUAUGACCUUUCUUAUGUAAGUUUAGCUUUCAAGUAGCACUUGCGUCUUCCACAUGCUAGUUAGUUACUUGUGCCAAAUAUUUUCCUCUGCCAAUAAAUAUUAUACAACUUUUGCCCAGAGAUUGUUGAGGGCAGCAGCAGGUGGUGUGCCAUGAAUGUCCAUUGCUCAUUUUGUGGGGAUGGAAUUGUGUACACCCUUAUAAUUAUUUUACUCUGUUGCUCCCCCACAAAUCCUUUCUUCGGUACUUUAAGCAGAGGCUUGACAACCAUAUGUCAGGAGUGCUCUGAUGGUGUUUCCUGCUUGGCAGGGGGUUGGACUCGAUGGCCCUUGUGGUCUCUUCCAACUCUAUGAUUCUAUGAUUCUAUGAUUCUAUGAUUCUACUGUUCAAGCGAAUUGUGACAGCCAUCUGUUUGGCAACAUAUAUGGUCAAGGCAAGGGUACCGAGCACAUUUAUUUAUUUAACAAAAUUUUAAAACAACUAGUUUAUUGAAAACAAGAACUCUUAAGCAGCUUACAAGUACAUGAUCAGAUGUGGAUUUUUAAAUGUGUGCAUUUCGGGAAAUAAAAAAUCUACUUAAAGAAGCAAUUUAAGCUAAAUAAGUGCUGAAAAAGGAAAGUGAGUAAAGUGUUACUCUUCUAACUCCCUCCUCCAGCUUUAUGUACUUUUAAAGGGUGAAGAAGAUAACCAUUCUCACCAACUCAUGACUAAGGGGGACACUGAGUAGGUAGGCUUCAUGAAUGCCAGGGGAAGACUUCAAAUGCUGCCGCAUUGGCAGCUGUUACUGUAAUGGGUCUCUGGAUUUAUGUAAGUUGUGUAUCAUUUAGAUAGUGGCUUCAUUCUCUGCUCUACUGACAUGACAAAGAAAUAGAAGCUCAUUUGGGCAAUGCACUUCUACACAGGUCCUAAAAGUUCUACAAUGGCUCCCAGUACAUUUCCAAGCACGAUUAAAAGUUUUGGUACUGACAUUUAAUGCCCUAAACGGCUUCAGCCCUGUAUACCUAAUGGAGCAUCUCCACUCCCAUCGUUCAGCUCAGACACUGAAAUCCAGCCCCGAGGGCCUUCUGGCCGUUCCCUCGCUGCAAGAAGUGAAGCUACAGGGAACCAGACAGAGGGCCUUCUCUGUAGUGGCACCCACCCUGUGGAACGCCCUCCCAUCAGAUGCCAAGGAAAUAAACAAGUAUCUGACUUUUAGAAGACAUCUGAAGGCAGCCCUGUUUAGGGAAGUUUUUAUUGUCUGAUGUUUUAGCGCAUUUUUUAAUAUUCUGUUGGGAGCUGCCCAGAGUGGCUGGAGAAACCCAGCUAGAUGGGCAGGGUAUAAGUAAUUUACAGUGGUGCCUCGCAAGACGAAAUUAAUCCGUUCCGCAAGAGUCUUCGUCUAGCGGUUUUUUCGUCUUGCGAAGCAAGCCCAUUGACGGAUUAGCGCUAUUAGCGCUAUCAGCUGUUUAGCGGCUAUUAAAGGCUUAAAGGCUUAGGGGAUUAGCUGCUAAAAGGCUAUUAAAGGCUAUUAAAGGCUUAGCAGAUUAGAUAAAGGGGGAAAAGCGAAAAAAAUCUCAAGACUCGCAAGACAUUUUCGUCUUGCGAAGCAAGCCCAUAGGGGAAUUCGUCCUGCGAAGCAACUUCAAAACGGAAAACCCUUUCGUCUAGCGGUUUUUCCGUCUUGCGAGGCAUUCGUCUUGCGGGGCACCACUGUAUUAUUAUUAUUAUUAUUAGUAGUAGUAGUAGUAGUAGCAGCAGCAGCAGUAGUGAUUGGUGUAGUGUAGCUGUAGCUCAAGUGUAGCUGUAGCUCAAUGGUAGAGCAUCUGCUUUACAUUUAGGAGGUCCCAGGUUCAAUCCCCAAUGUUUUCAGCUGGGACUGGGGAAGCUGCCCUCUCUCUAAACCUUGGAGAGCCACUGCCAGUCAUUGCAGACACUGCAGAGCUGGAUGGACCAUUGGUCUGACAGUGUAUCAGGCAGCUUCCUGUGUUACUAUCCUGGAGCAAUGAUGCCAGCUACAGUGUUGAUGAUGCUGUUUGGGUCAAGCGUUGGAGGUGCGGGUGGAGGCAGCGGAAAAUAUCCUUCUCCCGUCUCUGACUGCUCUACUUGGCAAGGCAGUUUAGCUACCGAGUGGACUGUGCUUGGUAAUGUGAGAUCACUACGCUAGGAGUGAUCGCCAAAGAAGAAGACUCCUGUAGCUGCUGUUGCCAUCAAUACAGUUGUAGGGAUUGGAACAGAUCCUUAAUUUCUCUAAUCCCUUUGGCAGUGGAGAUGCUGAUUUCAGUUUAGGGCAAUGUGAGAUGUAAUUUUGCUUGGAGUGCUUUAGGCUUUGCCUUUUGUUCGUUUGGGCAGUUAGAAAAUGGACUCAAAUUUGAAUCUAGGUUUGGGAGUGUGGAAAGGUAGCAGGAGAAGAGAGAAGCACACGUGUGGUAAGGAUGUAAAUAUCAGGGUUGGGGAGGUGAGGAGAAUGUGCUGAAGAAUGAACUGGGUUGGGAGGUGGAUGUGGGGCAAGGGGAGGAAUGAAUAGGGAGGACACAAGAGCCAAACCAUAGGAAAUCUGCUUCUUAAUCUGCUAACUGGCUCACUAGUCCAGAAUAAUGUGAUUCUAGGUGUGUGUUAAAAAAUGAUACUCACUUGGUUUCCUAAGUACCAUAUUUUUCGCUCUAUAAGACGCACCAGACCACAAGACGCACCUAGUUUUUGGAGGAGGAAAACAAGAAAAAAAUAUUCUGAAUCCCAGAAGCCAGAACAGCAAGAGGGAUCGCUGCGCAGCAAAACCAGAGAUCCCUCUUGCUGUUCUGGCUUCUGGGAUUGCUGCGCAGCCUGCAUUCGCGCCAUAAGAUGCACACACAUUUCCCCUUACUUUUUAGGAGGGAAAAAGUGAGUCUUAUAGAGCAAAAAAUACGGUAGUUAAAUAUUGCUGCCUAGAAUAUUUGAAACUUCUUUCAGGCCUAGGAGUCUGAGUGAUCUAUUCUGAAGCAUUCUUUCACUCUCUAGUACUUAGAGUAUUACUUAGUCGGAUAUCAUCUAGUAUUCGUGGCUGAGCAAGCAGAUAACUUACCAUCAGGUAGAUCGUUCUUGAAGGCCUCUUUAGAUUAUCUUGUGUGUUGCUCUAAGCUGCUACUUUAAAUGAAUUCAAAUCUCCUUGAGCUGCACCCAAGGGUACUAAAGAAGCUUGCAAAUGUAAUCUCGGAGCCUCUGUCUAUAAUCUGAAGAAUUACUGGAGAACAGAUGAAGUCCCUGCGGACAACAUUUGCUCCAUGAUUCUUUGAGAGCAAGGCAGUGGAGACUGGUCCGUUAGGGCAAAUGGGGCUCUGUACCACCAACCUCAAUUUGUCCUUAAAAGGUAAAGGGACCUCUGACCAUUAGGUCCAGUCGUGACCGACUCUGGGGCUGCGGCGCUUAUCUCGCUUUAUUGGCCGAGGGAGCCGGUGUACAGCUUCCAGGUCAUGCGGCCAGCAUAACUAAGCCGCUUCUGGCAAACCAGAGCAGCGCACGGAAAUGCCGUUUACCUUCCCGCUGGAGCGGUACCUAUUUAUCUACUUGCACUUUGACGUGCUUUCGAACUGCUAGGUUGGCAGGAGCAGGGACCAAGCAACGGGAGCUCACCCCGUCGCGGGGAUUCGAACUGCUGACCUUCUGAUCAGCAAGUCCUAGCCUCUGUGGCUUAACCCACAGUGCCACCCGUGUCCCUAGCCAACCCCCAACCUACCUUCCUUCAGGUUUACAACCAGUCUGGGGAGUGGGCACUGCCUGCCAGUUUCUGACACCUUAGCCUCAAUUUUAGCCAUGUAAAACUCAGCAAGGGGAAGGAUGGGGACAGAAUUAGAACUAGUUGGCUCCACCUGCCGUUGUCUCUGGCACCCCCUGCUGCUGGCCUCCAUGCAUGCCACCCUCCCAGCCCCAAUGGGCACCGCCCUACACUGCGCAAGGGAAAAGGUAGAUCCUUUUUAGCUUAAGCUUCUCGGGGGUUGUACUUGCCUGGAAAGCGUAGACUAAGGUGUUGGACUUACUGCGGCAGCUGUUAAUGUUCUAAGUGUUCCUGUUUUUUAGUGCUUUUGGCAGUUAUUUACACAGAUUACAUGCACACCCUGAAUAGUUACAAUGGAGUGAUGGUGAAAUCAACCUUAACUCUUCUAGAGUGUUAAUGCUGUUUUAGUCUUUCUCAUUUUCUGUCCAGGUUUCUAGCUCCUAAGUGUCUGCAGCGUAGGGCUGGUGAUGCACCUUUGUAGCCUGGGGCGCUUAUCUUUUUUGGACCUUUUGUGUUGUGAUUUUGCUUUCGUAUUAUUUUGCUUGCUAAUAGAUUGAUGCCAUCGUACUGUAUUUUUGUUGCAAUACUCUUGUUACCACUUUGGGGGGUGGGGGCUUUGGGCCAAAACGUGGUACAUAAAUUGUAGUAAAUAAUCAUAACCAUUCUUGUUUUAAUUUAUAAUUUGGUCACAACUAAUAGGUCAUGAUUUGUUAAUGUUCUUAACAUCUGAAAGUAGAGUACAAAUUGCUUACCCGAGCUGGAUAUGGAAUCUCAAGACAUGCUAAGGACUAGAAGGGGUUAAACCAUUUUUUUAAAUUUUGCUUCAGAAUUCUCUAUGGGGAGUUCUGGUGUCCCUUGUAGUUUUUGAUAGUCCUUAAUGGAUAAUGUGGAUAAAUUUUAUUUCUUUCUCUUUAAAGGGUUCUUAGCAUUGAGUGUUAGCUGUCAGAUAAAUGCUUCAUUUCUUUGAAAGUCAAUUUUAUUUAUUAUCUACUUUUUAUAUGUGUGUGAGGAUAUCUUGUGGUGGUAUAUUAUUCCUCUUACGGUGCAGGUGAGCAACUAAAAGUUUUACCUAUCCUACACCACAGAGGAACAGUUUGAUCAUUCUCGCUCUGUUUAGAGAGAGUCCUGUUUAGCAAUGAACGAGGGAAAUUUAAAACAUGCAUCUCUUGGCCUUAAAAAUGCCAACUAUUUAUUAAACAAACUGUGUAUGUGUGUUUGAGAGAGAGACAGACAGAGACAGAGAGAAGCUACUGUAUUAAUAGAAGGGUAGGGGAGAUUUCUAGCAUUGAGAAGAAGAACUUGGAGAGACAUAAAUCAAAAUGUACUGUGAAAUGUUUUAUAUUCCUUGUACAUGUUAGUCAUCUGUCAUAACUUUAGAACACAAAUAUUCAUAGUUAAACUUCUUCUGAUGCUGGCUAUUAACCGCUAAAAUGAUAUUUUACUAGUGAUUACUUUUUUAAUUAAGCCCAUGUAUUAGCUAUAAAGCCACUUGAGUGCAUUGUAAAUAAAAUGCAGUAAUAAUGAAGUGCUUUAAUUACAAUCCCUAAAGUAUGCAUAGUACUCGGUAAAUUUUUUAUUUAAAUUCUUAGCAUGUUCUAUUUUUUUCCUGAAAGGCAGUUUGAAUCCAGCCAUAAAGGCUGGUGCUUUAGCCUUUAAAGCCAUUUGAGCAAAUUCCAUGGCUGCUCUCCCAGUUAGUGAGUUUUCAUGGCAUUUGCAGCAAGCUAAUUGCUUCUGCUAAUAAAUAAUCUAAAAUCAAUGCUGACAGCAGUUAAUUGGCACAGAGACUUUAUUCUGUAAAGCACUUGGCUAACGACCUUCUUUAAAUUAAUAGCAUUAAGUGCUAUGAGGAAAUAAAUCUGAGGAAUUGCCUGUCAUUUGCUUGUCAUGUCUAAUAACUUCCAAUAAUGAUGGCUGAUAGAUUUUUGCACAUUCCAUUAUUGAAGUUGGUGCAUGUAAUUAUUCUCCUCAUUAUAUGUAAACAAUUAGCAAUAUUUGGUGUUUCCUUGCAAUAAAGCUGUUGAGCACAAGUAGUGCAUUAGAGGUUAGAAACGAUUUUUAAAGCUAGAUUUCAUUUCCACUGAACACAUUGAAGUGAUGUGUGUGUGGUUGUAGUUUUUGCAGGAUUUCUUUAUCUUAACUUAUGCCAUUAAAGAAAAGCAUUGGGGGGUUUUCCCCUCUAAAGCUUUGGAAUUUAAAUUCUAAAGUGGCCUAUCUUGACCAGUAAAACAUUUUUUAAAAUUUAUUUUUAGCUUGAAGAAGUAAUGGAAAAAGAAACUUACAAGGCUGCUAAACUAAUCCUUGAAAGGUUUGAUCCCGAAGCCAAGAAGGCAAAGGUAGGAUCUGAUCUCUGUACUAAUUUACUACAAAGUGCACCACAGAGCAAAACACUUUGUAAUAUUAUUAUAAUUGACAGGAUGUUGAACCGCCAUCUGCUGGAGCAUCUGCAGUUCCAAGACCCGGCCAAGGUAAUAGCUCUGUAAAAACUGCUGCUUUUCAUGAAGAAAACUGUAUUUACACCAUUUAAUUUUCAUUCCAAGAGGCUUGGAAUAUUUCAGAACACAAGCCCACCACAAAUGAAAUCUCUGUUCCUAAACAGGAAUUUAAUUUGGGGAAGAGAGGAUGGUGCUAUCUGAUUUUUUAGAAGUUUAUUUAGUAGUAGGCCAACUUCUUGAGCCGAUUAGGGCAACGUCAUCCCCUCGGCCAGCUCACCGGGAUCAGCAGUCAUUUGCGGUGAGAGAAGGAAGCACGUAGGAAGACGGCAGGAGGUUGAUUCUCUUUCACUAGUAGAUGUGGAGGGUCCAUGGACAUGGUGGGCAGAAAUACCUAGAGGUCUUCACAUCUGCUUGGGCCUCAGAAUGAAGAGCGGGGUGAGUUCACUGUCUCCUAGCUUGACCUAGUGGCAUGUGGGGGCAGCAGGCCUAGUCCAUCUUAAGACAUCAGCAUCACACCAUUGAACUGUGACCAGCCAUGCCCUCCAAAGUACAGGAGUACCCAUUCAUUUGUGGUAGUGGUGACCACUAACAGGAUAUGGCUUUGCUGUAUGAUUUCAUGUUUUGAUUCCAAAACACAAUUAAUGUGCUUACAGUUCUGGAUAUCUGCCCCCCCCCUUCCCGAUCAGAAUGGUUUGCUUGCUUGCAGCAGCAGCACACUUGAUCUUCUGGGUCCUUUUGCAUCUUUCUUUACUGUAAUUAGUCUUUCCGGUUUGGUUUUUGUUCGCAUUUGUGAGGAUAGGGCCGACUCAGUGAGACGGCAGGCAAAGCAGAAAUGAAAUAGAUACUCUUUUUUUAGAGUGGGAAAGACAGCAUCUCUGGAAAAAGUUGCUUUUUAUACCGUAUCUGAAGAUUUUGUUGGCUUCAUCAACACGUGUGAGAGGUUGCACAUAUUUCAUUUGAGGGAUGGACUAUGUGACAGUUUGCAACUGCUUCAUAUCUAUCUUUAACUUUACGCUAUGCCAUGCACGAGGACUUGCUAGAAGACAGUGAAAUUGAUUUUACUGCAAAAGGAAUUGUAUUCUCCCCACCAUCACUGGACCAGAAACACAAAGAUGUGAGAAACCUGGAUUCUCAUACAAAAUGUAUCCCGCAAGCGUUGGAAGACACAAUCUUGAGGCACUUGGGAUUACAAGUCAGGGAAAGUAUGUGCAAAAAGAAGAUAGAUAAAAAUACAUAUAGUAGUAACAUGUAUACUGAAAAGGCCCAAAGUAUUCACAAUUGCAAAGGGCUUUAAUGCUGGUGGUCGCUGAGUUGUAGAACUGAAAUGAAAUGAGCCACUAGAUCUAGAUAUAACAGAAGAUAUGGGGUGGAUGGGUGUGGAAGUGGGUCAGGGAUGGGGGAAAUAAUGUUGCCUUAGUAUUAAUAUAUAUUUUUCAGCUGAGUGCAUGAUUCUCUAGUGAAAGAAAGGGGCUGAGGCUGUUGAGUUGUACUUUGAGUUGUGAAGAUCUUCAGGAAAAGAAAGCUCUUAGUUUUGGGCUGUCAAGAUUGUCCAACUAUGUGUUGUUACCGCUUGACCAUGCUGCAUGGAUAAUACUGUUAAAGAGGCCCCUAAGGGAUGUAGAUAAAGAGCAGUUUCUCAGGUGUUCAGGGCUGAGCUACCUGUUCAAAUUAGGUUCUGAAGGCCAUAAAAAUCACACAGAUCCUAUGAUCAUUAGUGUUGUAUACCAUUCAUUGACAGCUGUCAUAAUCUGCAACCAGUGAUGCUUUCUUCAGCUAGGACCUUGCAGGUUAUGAAAACCUGAAUGAAAACCCUGCAUCCAAAAUUGAGAGAGUGAAUUACAGCUUUUUCAGCAGAAAGGUUCUAGACACAGUGGUGUACACUGAAGCCUGCAAAUCUAAAUGAGUGGCUAGUCAUUAAGAAGUGUGCAUGCAAUCUUCAGGUUGGAGCCUGCCAAGCAAUCAUUAUCUUGGUCUUGUCCUGAAUAUUUUUCAAGUGGGUCCGUCAUUCAUGUCUGUUCCCCAGUCACAACCAGCAAAAACUACAGGAUCAAGGUCAGAUCAGAGCCGCACCAUCAGCAUCUUAAGGUCUACUUCAGUACUCAUUACCUAUGGCAAAUUCCCACAGAGUCAAAGGCAGUUCUAUGUAUGUGAGAAGGAUUUAACAAGACUCACAAUUCCCUUUGGGCUUGAACUACUCUUAUGAUACACAACUCAUUCCUAACUAGGUGUCUAUUCUUUUUGCACACCGAUUCAACUCUUUCCAACAGAAGCCUAGCCAUGAACCAGUGAAAGUGGUGCAUGCAAACACCCACCCCAUUGCAUAUUUUCCCAUUGGAAAAGGCAAUUCUUAAUAAAUUGUAAUGUAGUAUAAAGGAACAAAAUGGUGUGGGACUUGUGCAAAAGAACUGUGGUUCUUAAUAGCCUGAGAAUGACUGAAUGGUGUGAUAAUGCUUGAAAAAUUAAUAAGUGGCCUCGAGGUCAUUUUGUUUACGUUCUAAUAUAAUUUAAUUUGUUUACAUUCUAAUCUAGAUUAACUGGUCCUUUAUGCUAGUUAGAGAAUGCUGAGAGACGCAAUUAAACUGUUUUAUUAAUGCCAUUCAAGUGAGAGCCACUUCUGAGGGAGUUUAGAAACCAGAUGGUAGGCUCAAAUUACAAGAAAGGGUCUAUUUGAGAACUUGGAUCUACGUAUUGUUGCACUUCAGCUGGUUUGUGUGCGGACGGGUGGGGGUAGACUUCACAAAUGUUUCCCUUACCUUGGUUAACUUACAGUAACGCCAGGUCUUGUCGUUUUGGUACAAUAAGCAUUAACGUGUGGCUCUUCUGUCAGAACUUCGUCAUCGGACCCCAGUGCGAGGCAACGUGUCUCCCCCGACCCCUGCUUCACCAAAACAGGGGUCUCCAAAAGGACCAAGCCCAGCGCCUCCAACUCCUGGCUUGCAGAGAGAGAUUUCGGCACCGGGCGGACCUCCUGAGAGAUCUGUUACAUCACCCUUGCAGCCAAAUGUGUUACCAAGACAUCCCGGGUCCCGUGCCACUCCAGUGCCUGGAAUGGGUAAACAGAGCACUUAAUGUUGUUUACAGUUUAUAUUAUUUUCUCUGGUUACCAAUAAAACAGGCCAUUUUCAGACAGUAUGGAAAUGGCAUUUUGUUUGGAAGUAGAGGAGCCGUUAUCUGAUUAAGCAGGAGUUCCAUAUUCAAUUAGCCAUAACUCUUUACAGCUGGCACCUUAUGAUACUGAAACCUAUUGCCUGAGCUCAUUUAACUGUUAUGGCUUCUUUGUUUAAAUGGUAAUAAAACUUUGCAGUAUUCUGUAGUCAACAAUAUAGCAUACCUUUUUAUGUUCUUGGUUUAGUCAAGCCUCCAGACUUAGAUAAAUCAGGGAUAUAAGAAAACACUUUUGGAAUUCAUUCAUGCUUCUUACAAAGCCCUGGACAUAUUUUUUGACUUUCAUUGUGACAUUUAUUCAAAUGCUUAUUCUAAGCCCUCCCUCAAAAAGUUUACGCUGCAAAGAUUAAAACAUAAAAUAUUUAAUAACUAAAGAGGUUCCGUAUUAGGUAGCAGAGCUUUCUGAAGUAGAAAGCUGAUGAACAGGGACGGGGGAGAGUUAACAUCAGUUACCUUGUUGAAACAUUUUACUUCUAAUUUGUAUCUGCUGAAACUACUAGCUAAACUCAGAAGCACUUUAAACCUUUUUCAUUGCUGGAUUGAUUUUCUGUUUUACAGAUGUACUUUUCAGUUCAGUUGUGUAUGGGGUGGUAAAAGUCUGUAGUGAGCGAACUCUUAAUGAAAAAAUUAUUCAUGUGUGCCCAGUGUGUCAUUGUGUGCUUCCUGCCCACUUUCCUUUGCCUCCAAAUCUCCUAGGGUUGAAAUUACAGAUAGGAGGGUCAGAUUCUGAGAGAAGGUCGGAGCUGCCUUUUUUACUCAGUUUGUGUCUAAUUUGCUGCUUUUGCUUGCAUUGAAAUGAUUACCUAUUUGGAAUUCCCUCUGGAACAGCAUACCCUGGUGUUGUGUUAGGGAUGGAGAAAACAAGGGACUUACAACCUUGCAGCCGCCUGAUCAAUCCUGACCAUUGCCAUGCUAGUUUAGGUUGAGUUGGAGUUGGAGUCUUGGCUUCCAAGGGAGGAGCAGGCUAGUAGAUACAGUGAUACAGUGUACCUUGAGUUACAAACGCUUCUCCGCUAACCUGGAAGAGCUACCUCGAGUUGAGAACUUUGCCCCAGGAUGAGAACGGAAAUCAUGUGCCGGCGAUGCAGCAGCAGCAAGAGGCCCCAUUAGCGAAAGCACGUCUUUAGUUAAGAACAGUUUCAGGUUAAGAACGGACCUCCGGAAUGAGUUAAGUUUGUAACCAGAGGUACCACUAGACCUUGGUUUUUGAACAGCUUAGUUCUCGAACGUUUUGGCUCCCGGACGCCGCAAACCCAUAAGUGAGUGUUCCGGUUUGCGAAAUAUUUUUGGAAGCCAAACGUCCAACAUGGCUUCCAAUGAGUGCAGGAGGCUCUUGCAGCCAAUCGGAAGCCGCGCCUUGGUUUUUGAACAUUUUCGGAAGUCAAAUGGACUUCUGGAACGGAUUCCAUUCAAAAACCUAGGUACAACUAUGAUGCGUGAGAGGGCCUUACUUCACCCUGAAUAACCAUAUGCAUUAGUGCUCAGCGCAGCAGCUGCAUGUAGGACUCUCAGGCAACAGGAUGGCUGAUAAAUUUCUGUGUAGAAUCUCUUCACACCUGUCUCCCAAAGUUCAGAAAGGUGUGGAUUAUGACUACAGUUUUGUAUUAAAAUUUUGAUCCUGCAGUGCAGGUUUUUACCAGUCUCAGGCAAUUUUGAAGGCUAUAUAGCUUUUGGGAGGAAAAAAUAGUAUAGCACACUUUGAUGCAAGGGCUAGAUGUUUGGUUCAUUAUUCAUUUUUAAAACCGUAAUUAAUGGUGGUUACUUAUUUUAAUUAAGAGUUAUUGGCAAUGUGGCAGUUUUUAACCGUAACAUGUUAAUUAAGAAACAAGUGCCCUCUGUUAAUUCAGUUCUGUAGCAUACUGUUAAAAGUCAUGACAAACUUGGAGGUUUAUUGUUGGUGCAGGAAUUUCAGUGUCUCUCAGUGUAGUCUUUCAAGUGCAACUUACUCAGAAGUUCCAAGCAACAUGAUAGAAUAUAAAAGUCAAGUUUCUUGCUAUGCAGAUUUCUUCCUGUCUUGUGAGAAACAUCAGCCGAAGUGCAUAUGACUGCACUUAAUUAUCUUUAAACUGGAAAAGAUAAUUCAUUUUUUCAUUACAUUAUACUUUGUGGAAGAGAAUCAAUUUAACAUGUAUUACCACAGAGCUUCCAUAUGUCUAAAAAUUAAUAACCAGCAGGUAGUUGAGAGUUUGCCAAGCUUUGCAGAAAUGGCCAGUCUGCCCACAAUGAUUGCUUUUGAUGUUCAUAUUAAUUACUCUUGUCCAUAUCAGCAUGAGGAAUAAGAUGCGUGGUUUGAGAAUUGUUAGUGUGCCAAGUAAUUGGAGAGGUUCUUGGGGCACAUGGUCUUAGGUUUCAGGCUUCUUUAAGAUUAGUGAGGCAGCCCUUUUACCACGGGCCCUAUGGUUGUUUUGAACUGAGAUUGCCUCCAAAGUGUGCAUGCUUAAUAGUACUGAAAAUAUUUAUAUGUGACAUUGGAUUCUUUUAAAUCAGUUUUAUUCCAGUCCAAGCCUCUCUUAUUUGUAAUGGUGUUCCCUUUAAAUGUACCGUAAUUUUUGCUCUAUAAGACUCACUUUUUCCCUCCUAAAAAGUAAGGGGAAAUGUGUGUGCGUCUUAUGGAGCGAAUGCAGGCUGUGCAGCUAUCCCAGAAGCCAGAACGGCAAAUGGGAUUGCUGCUUUCACUGCGCAGUGAUCCCUCUUGCUGUUCUGGCUUCUGAGAUUCAGAAUAUUUUUUUUCUUGUUUUCCUCCUCCAAAAACUAGGUGCGUCUUGUGGUCUGGUGCGUCUUAUAGAGCGAAAAAUACGGUAAUUGGUUUAAAGUAAUUGUUUAGGUCAUGUAUUUACUUGUGCAAAAUGCAUAUAUGUUCGCAUCCAAAACUUCUGGGUAUAGGGCAGUACAGUUGUACCUUGGAUCCAGAACGCCUUGGUACUCCGACGUUUUGGCUCCCGAAUGCCGCAAACCUGGAAGUGAGUGUUCCGGUUUGCGAAUGUUCUUUGGAACCCAAACAUCUUCUGAUUGGCUGCAGAGCUUCCUGCAGCCAAUCAGAAGCCGUGCUUUGGUUUCUGAAUGUUUUGGAAGUUGAACGGGCUUCCAGAAUGAAUUGUGUUCGUCUUCCAAGGUACGACUGUAUAUAAAUUCAAUUAAUAAUAAUAAUAUCUGAAAUGUCUGAUAAUUAGGAUAGAACUGAAAGCUUAAUGAAUGUUGUAGUCUCCAACUCACAAUUCGGCACACUUUUAAAAGUAGGGUGAGCAAUCUGUGGCUACUCCAGUCUUCUAUGCUGGCUGGUGUUGAUGGUGUCCACCAAUAGCUGGAGCAUCAUAUGUCCUAUGGUACUGAAAGAAUUUGAGCACACAGAAUGAUAUUUUUUGCGGGGGGAGGGGGGGAGAGAAAGAACACACACACACACACACACACACACACACACACAUAAUGUCCACGUGUUCUAAACUUCCUAUACAAUAUGAUGAUAUAGAUAGGAAGUGCUGGAAUGUCUGUCGUAGGUCUGGUUUGCCCUUAAUGCUAGACCAUGGUUGAUUUAACAAACAAACAGGUUAACUGCAAGUUGUCCCACAGGUGAUCAAGCAAACCUUAGCUCGUUUCUUCAAAGCUUGGUUUGUUUUCUGGCUGCUCUUGCUUUGCGCCUUUGGUGAGCAAUGCGGGUGAGGUGGUCCAAUGAACCAUGGUUAAGCAAAGGUGCUCUCCCAUAAUGCCACAUCAUUUAAGGGUUUGUAAGCGAACAACAAACCAUGGCUUCAUGCUGUAAUUUGUUGGCAGUAAGCAAACUAUAGUUAAGAUGCUGUGCAGCAGGGUUCACACAUUGCAAAACGGUGGUUUAUGUGAAUCAGGCCAUAAUGAUUGAAGGCAGAGAGCCUUCUCUCCUCCCUGUGUGUUUCAGGGACCUCUCCAUACAACCAUUAUGUGCCCUCCAUGCCAGGUAGUUUAGGCUGAGAGAGUGGCUAGCCUUAAGGCCACCCAUUGAGCUUCAUGAUGAGUGUGGAUUUGAACCUUGGUUUCCCUUGUUCUAGUCAAUAUUCCAACCACUGCCCCAUGCUAGUUCUCUGUUGCAUUAAGAACAUCAAAAAGUAAUACAAUAGUCUCAACAGUGUUCAUGCCCCUAGAAAAAGUGUCGGUUGUAAUCCUAUACAAACUUACCUGGGAGUAAGUCACAUUGAAUUCUGUGGGACUUACUUGUGAGUAGAUGUGUAUAGGCUUGUGCUGUGAACUGUGCUCAGUGUAGAUAGACACCUGGUUUUGUCUCAAAUAACAAAUCUAAAAUUUGACUAAGGUCCUAAAUAGAAGCUAAAAAGUAGGUUUUGCCUGCCCCGUGGUUGGGUUGGAGGGAACCAAAGCACAGGUUAUAGAUUGCUAAGUGACAAAUCCAGUAUGUUUCAGGGAAUGUGUAUAUCAGGCAGAACUGAGAGAGUGAGGCAUACUUCAUUCAGGGGAAAGAAUCUUCAGGGCAAUAUCAUUGCUGUAAACAGCUAUCAAGGGAGGCAAAAAACCUUCCAAAUCUGUCUUCACAGAAGGUGACAAUUUCCCUAUUACAUGUGGUAUUUUCGUUCGCAAGAAAAAUAACCCUGAGGAACUGACAUACGGAAUUAAAUAUGAUAAUGGGAUUGAAAUGCAGAGGAAUAUAAUGCUAAUUUCUAAUACAUGUUAAGGUGCUUUAUUCCAUUUUGUAACAUACAGACUGGAAGCAGAUGUCCUUAUUUCUGGUUAAUAAGUCAGUAGGUUGCUAUCAAUCCCAUUUUGGUCUUCCAGGUCUUCAUCCUCCAGGACCUCCGUUGGCAAGGCCUAUUCUUCCUCGAGAAAGGGGAGCAUUGGAUAGAGUUGUUGAAUACUUAGUUGGAGAUGGUCCACAGAACAGGUUAAACGUUACUUAUUAUGUUCAAUUCUGAAGUUAUAACUCUGAGUUGCUUCUCAGGUUUCCUGCGGUUUCUUCUUUGCAUCACUCUGUUAAUUGCGGAAAACCCAGAUGGGAGGAGACCACACUAUGGCUUUUCCUCUUGGUAGCAUUGCUCCUUCCAGAAAGAGGGGUAUGUAAUAAAUGUGACGCAAAAAGGAGCCCUUACAAUUCAAUCCUAUACAUGUCUACUUAGAAUUAAGCCCCACCAGGUUCAGUGGAACUUACUUCCAUGUGAGCAAGUAUAGGAUUGUAGCCAUACUGUAACUUUCUAAUAACUUACGUGAACUCUUGUGCUGGAGCAGUCGUUGCUCAGAGAAUCUUAAUCGCCACACUUUUAAUUGGCUGUCAGUUAAAGCGCCUUUCUGACAGUUCUUGGAAUAAAAUCAGUUAUAUAAAGCAUUGUUUUAUUGGAGAAGUUACUUGUAGCUGCUAUUGUCAUUAUUAUCAUUCACCCAACCUUUACCCUCAGGUCCCUGGGUUGGUUAGAGCAUUUAAAAAACAAUAUUAAAAACUGCUUAAAACAAAACACAAAAAUAAGGCGGAUCCUAAAAAUAUGCACCUCAGGUGUCAAAAGCCAGGUUAAUGUCUUCAGCAUUCUCCAGAAGCUGUACCAUGAAGGUACCAGAUGUAGCUUUGUAGGGAGGGAAUUUUACAGCUUAGGGGCCACCACUGAGAAUGCCUUUCCUGUGCCACAACCACCCUUCUCUAAGUGUGAAGGAACUACCAGGAGGGCCCUCACUGCUGAUCACAGCACCUGAGACAGUCUGUGGGGAAGGAGGUGGUCUUUCAGAUAUUUGAGUCCUAAGUUUAGAGCUUUUCAGAUAUUCUGCCUCCUAUUUUUUCUUCUUCUUUGCCUUGUUUUCAGUCUUACCAACUUCAUCUAGCUGUAAUUUGAAUUCAAAUUAAUGGUGCUUUAAACCAAAUAGUCAAAAUCUUUUGAGUCUGAAGUGGCCGAGUCACAGUGUGGUUAAAAAUACUCAGUUGGCAGCUUUUAAACUUGCAGUAAUGUGCUAUGUUUGUGAAAAUAAAUUUAUAAUAGGGUUACGCUCUCAGGUGCCUGCCUGCAGGCUAAACACAUUGUGGGGGUGCAGAGAGGAAGCCUGGGCUCCCCUUUUCUGAUGUUGCACUGGGCAUGUGGGCGAAGCUGCAUGACAUCAUGUCCCAAAGGGGCAUUAGCAGUCCACUUCCCUGCUCCAUGCAUUUAAACUGCGUGUGGGAGGUGAAUAUGUGUAAAAGGGCUUGUGCCAUUUUAAUUCUGAGUUUCAAUGCCCCCUUUCUGGUGUGCAAGUCCUGUUGAAGUGAUCCAGUAUAGUACGACUAAAUUAUAUUCAUGACUAAAAUUAAGUGGCUAAACCAAUGUUUUUAACCUCUGAUCUCAUCUUCUUUAGAUAUGCACUUAUAUGCCAACAGUGUUCCUCGCAUAAUGGAAUGGCUUUGAAGGAGGAAUUUGAAUAUAUCGGUAAGAACAAAUGCAUAUAUUCUGCUUCUUGAAAAAGCCUCCUGUCUCCCUGGCCACCAUUGUCCGUUCAGGCAUUUACAGAAUGUAAUAUACUGGUUCUUGCUUAACUCUGUAUUGGAGUGUGUCCUAAAAGUGCUAGAGCCAUUAAAAUCUAUAAGCUUAAGUACUCAUAACUCUUUUUUUGUAUUCAGUUUUGUGUACUUAUAAUAUGUUAUGGUAUUCAUUUGUGUAUACCUUUUAGAAUCCAUUAUCCUUAAAAAAAAAGUUCUGUAAUAUGCAGGUCAAGGAACAUGUGUGCAAAAGUGAGCUGUAGAAAUAAGCUGCUUUCUCUGCAUGCUUUCAAGAUUGUACUUGGCUAGGAAACUGCACCCUAAUAGGUUUUUGUUUUUGUUUUUAAAUCUGGGUCCUCACUUUACCAGAACUUCAGCAAAAUUUAUCGUAACAGAGAAACCUGUGGGAGACAUUGGAGAUGAAGUGGGAACAAACUCCGGGGGCUAUUCUUGAGUUUUACGGCUGACAAUAACUUAAGACAGGCACAGCUCUUCAUUGAACACAGAUGUUUAUUUUGCCGCCUCUCGGCAAACAAAAAUCAAUCUGCAAGUAAUGUGAGAGAAAUUAUCUCAAGACAUUUGGGUGUGUCUUCCCAUUUGCUCUUGGCUCUGAGAGGCAGCUUAACCCAUUCAUUUCAUGUGAUCUUGUAUUAUCGGAGGGCUAAUACAUUUACUGUUCAAGCCCGGUAUUACGCAUGUGUGGUCAAAGUUUGGUUUAAUCUCUCCUGAACGGCUCUCCCCUCCCCACUGCCCCCAGCUAAAUUGAUCUCGAUUCAUGAGGCAGUAGCCAUACUGCAUAUAAAUAGCAGAAAGUACGUAGCCUAAAUUUUAUAGGCUGUUGUUUGCCUGAGUGUUGUGACACUUUGAUUUGUGUCUGCAUGAGGGUGAGAGCUUUUGAGCUCUUUUCCAGAAGUAUACAGUGGGAUGCCUCUUUCUCUCUCCCUUCCCUCUCCGGUUGCUAUGUAAACUGUUACAUCUGCCUAUAGAAACCCACAAUGUGCAAUAGCCAUUCUUGGAAACGGAUUGCAAUUUUUGUAACACCAGUGACUUCGAUCCUUAAAUUUGCCUGUUCAAAAUCCGCAUGCAUAGAUUGCCCCCCUUCCCCCAUUCAUACACACACUAAACAACCUGCAAAGAAAACAGAAUGGGAUCAUGUGCUCUCCGUUGAAGUGGUGGUUCUUCAGACUUCAGCCAACGGCAUAGGGUUGACAAGGAAGAAAGCAGUUUUUCUGAAUAUUUUCUCUUUCAGAAUACAAACUCUUAACUGACUUGAGUUGGUUACAAAGAGUGAUGCAAAACAUUUGAUUAAGAACCAAUAUCUCCCAUUUUUGAAUGUUCACUUAAAAGUCAAUGGUCGUAUCCAACACUGCUGUCCUGCUCAGUGGAACCUCUCCUCUUCUGCAAACCCCAACAUGUCUUCAAAAUGCCCCAGAGAGCUGGAGGACUCCUGGAGCAUUUGUGGGGGGUGGGGUAGCAGCAUGGGGAGAGGAAGGGAAAGUUCUGUUGCACAAGCAGAAUUAUGCUCACACAACAUUGGAUACAACCCAUGAAAUGCAAGUUAGAGAGGUUACGCUUUUCACUUUUUGCACUUCUGCUCGUAGUUGAAAUAUAGUUAAAGAUGGAUUGAUGCACUUGUCCUGUGAAGCUUUCACUGCUUAAGACCUAGGCUCCCAAACUCAAGGGAACACCCCGUCAUGCAGGGUUGCUAUCGAUCUCUUUCCCCCCCAAUAUGGAUUUUUAGCACUGCAUUCUUCCCAAAUUUGUGGAUCGAGUUAAGCAAGCAGUGGGGUUGACCUGCAAGGAACAGGUGAUAGUUGCUGUUGCCAAAGGAGCCACGAACGAAGCACCAGGUGUUUGGGCCUAUCCCUCUGCCCUCUCUCCCUCUUCAGUGUUGUUGUUGGGUCCCAAAGCAUAUCCACCCUCACCAGCACUCCCUAUUACACAACUUCCACAUGGUGAAAUAAAUUACAGCUGCAGCAGCCUGUAUGUUUUCCCCCCGUACCUUUCUUUCACCAAGGCUGGAGCCAGUGGGAGGCAGAAGUGAGGAGUACUACUGAUAAAAAUGAGAGGAUAAAAUAGGGAGGAGAUUAACCAUAUACACUGCCUUGAGCUCCUUGUAGGAAAGGAAGGCUGCAGAAGUUGCAAUAAUAAAAAAGAGAAAUGUUGCCUUAAACGUAUCGCUUCUCCAGUCUUUUUUACCUCCUAUGCAUUAAUUUAAUGUGAAAGAAAAGAACAUGCACAUAGAAUUUUGAACAGAAGACCCAAAUUAUAACCCUCCUAGUGGUAGCAAUGGAAUGUCUAACACUUUUGCAAAGCUAAGCAGGCUCCCGGAUGGUUUCAAAUUGGAUGGGGGACUGUGCGUUGAGAUUCCUGCAUUGCAGAGGAUUGGACUAGAUGACCCUUGGGGUUCCUUCCAACUCUUAUGUUUCUUUGAUUUUUGAAAAACUGCACCAGAAAUUUCAAAUCCGAGAAAAGACUUGCCCUACUGUAAGAAAGCAACUCUUCUUUGUUUGUUGUUGUCAUUGAUAAUGGGAGAAGGUGAGAGUGUGCAGUGCUGCUUCUACAAAAAUCAGUUUGCUGUUCUUCCUUUCCAAGUUAAUGCUUCAGAGUCUUGCAGCCAUUGCAGUGUUAGCACAUUAAGGUUCAGUGAGCUAACUGGAUACACUUGUAUUAAACUUUUGUGCAGCAUUUAGGUGUGCCUACUGCUUCUUCCUGAAUCCUGCAAGAAAAACAAGACCUCAAGCUCCACGACUUCCAGAUUUCAGUGCUGAAAAGAAGCAGCCUACAGAGGUACAGAGCACGACUGAACCACUGCAGUUGGAGGAAGAAAAGUUAGAAGAGAGUCAAAUGGCUGAAGGUGUGCAUUGAGUCCUCUACAUUUGCCAGAAAAUGUAAUUAGGGCAAUUGGAUUUGAAGCAUUUUGCUUUUCCUUGCAGUGCUGUUUAUUCAAUCUUGCCAGUGGAUGUUCGCUAUAUAUGACAGAAAGAGUGUUGCUCAUAGUCAAAAGCCACCACGAUACUAUAUCUCACGUGCAUAAAAUCUUUUUUCAUCUUGAUUUCCUAAGAAUAGGAUGAUCUUGGGUCAUCCUGUGGUAUAUUUUGCCUUGUUGGUUUUUCAGAGUUGGCUGCCAAGGAUGUUUUUAGCCAGUCCUGCCCCCCCAGCUUUAGUAGAAUCCAAACUUAAUUCAGUUUCUUUUUGUAAAAUAGAUUCUUUCCAUCCUAUCUAGCAAGACUAUCAGUCUCUUAAAUUUUCUUUGUUUACAAAGCCCUUGUUCUUCUACUUUUGGGCGUUUUUUUAGUAUCAAUAUUAACAUUUACACUGUGUAAUUAAAGGAUUUGGAUCACAGAAUGGUUAGAUUUCAUUGUUUUCCCCAGGUCAUUGGGUUGAGGUGGGGUUUAAGUUCCUGCCUUUGUUCGUUAAGCUGGUUUUGCUGUUUUCCCCAGGGCAGGAAAAUCUAGUAAAACUGACUUGGCUUUUUAAAAAAAUAAAAAUAAAAUAAUGGGUAGUUCAAAGACAAAUUGUCAACUUCAAUUUAAGAAAGUUCCUUUUGAGAUGGUUUAUAGGCUUGAAAAUACAGUAAGCAUCUUGUGUUCAGCUAACAAGAGCAUGCCAUAUUCUAAGAACGUAGCUUAGACUAUCACUCUGUAUUUAUUUCCUUAAAAGUAUUUUGUUAUAUGUAAAAGUAUCUUUUUGUAGGUGGCUCUAAACAGAGAAGUUUCUUGAGAGCAUAUCCAGAAAUGAUCACACCACCAAGUGCUCUUAGAUGAACAAAUAUGGCAUGUAAUGCCCAUGUAUGACAAGGUUUAUGGUGGAAAACCUUUGUAACCUUCUACAAUUUGAUGCAAACUGUUAUCAAUUUUCCUUUUAUUUUUAUAACCCUUUCUGCCUGGUAACAGGUCUCCAAGGCCACCCGUAAUAAAAGAAAGCAAAAUAAAGCACAGCGUAUCCGGAUUUUACCUUCCAUGAACAAAAGAGCAAUCUUAAUAGAGGGAUCUGACUAGGAGAAGCGGGGAGGAGGCUGAUGUUUGCCAAAUUCCCCCCUCCCCCUGCAACACCUCAUCCCACCCUCUUCCCGAGAAUCCCCCAGACCCCCAAAGUAGAUUUUUAAGGGGCACAAAAGGAUGUGGGGAAGGGGGGGAAUCAAAAUUCUAUUGUCUCAUUUGGGGUGAUUUCUCCCUUCCCACCUCAGCCCUGCAUGACACAGCCCACCAUUUAUUGUACACCGUCCUGAUGUCUUCAGAGAGGCCUCAGAGAUGUCUUCAGAGAGGCUUUUCAAGGCCUACAGAGGGGAGGAGGGAAAGGAGGGAUCAGUUGUGUGAAUUUGACAUUCCACAAGCUGCUAUUUUCCUCAGAAAAUAAUCACACAAUCAGUGUAAUCAAACUUCGUGUCUCACGCAGACCCUUUAGAAGAAGCCACCCAACUUACUGAGACAAACCAGGAAGAUGACCAAGCUUUGACUGUUGAAGACCAAAGCCGUGACGUAGUUGUGGCAGCGGCUGAAGAGCAACCAGGAAGCGAAGCCAAAACUGCCACCACGGACUCCGAGUUUGCUGUUCCAGCUUUCCAACGACAAGAACCACUAGCAGAAGAAUAA